CUUAAGCGUUUGGCCGACCCGCGGAUGCUGGGACCUCACUCCGCCCACCGCAAACCUAUCGUGAAAAAAAAUGGCGGCGCAGACUGACCACGGUGUUCCGCUAAGCACGCUUUCGCCCAAGUUUCUUCAUAGCAACUCCACCAGCCACACCUGGCCCUUCAGCGCAAUAGCUGAACUGAUUGACAAUGCCUACGACCCAGAUGUCAGUGCAAAACAGUUUUGGAUUGAUAAAACUGUGGUCAAAGGAAAAGAAUGCCUCAGCUUUAUGGAUAAUGGAAAUGGACUGGACAAUGAAACGAUGCAUAAGAUGCUCAGCUUUGGCUACAGUGACAAAAUUGCUAUGAAUGGUCAAGAGCCAAUUGGAAUCUAUGGCAAUGGCUUCAAGUCUGGCUCCAUGCGUCUUGGCAAAGAUGCUGUUGUCUUCUCCAAGUCGAAGAGGACCUCAUGUGUGGGGAUGCUCUCUCAGACCUACCUGGAAAUGAUUGGUGCCAACCAAAUAAUUGUACCUAUUGUUUCCUUUGAAGUGCGGAACACAAACAAGUUCUCUGUAAGAGAGGACCAGAAAGCCAGUCUGCAGGCCAUUCUGCAGUUUUCCCCUUUCACGACUCAAGAAGAACUGCUCGCAGAAAUUGAUGCAAUCAGUUUACCGGGAUCCACAGAGAAUACUGGCACACGGAUCAUCAUCUGGAAUCUCCGCAGUACUGGAACUGGAACAACAGAGUUUGAUUUUGAGACGGAUCGUUAUGAUAUCCGAAUUCCAUCAGAUGUUUACAACACAGUGAAUGACAUUAAUCAAGGUCCAGACAAGGUCACAUCACACAUCCCAGAAAGUGUGUACUCGCUUCGGGCAUUUUGCAGCAUUCUUUACCUAAAGCCUCGGAUGCAGGUCAUAAUUCGUGGUCAAAAGGUGAAAUCUCAGCUCAUUGCCAAGAGCCUGGCCUGGAUCAGUAAGGACCACUAUAAGCCUAACUUCCUGAAUAAAAGAAUUCCUAUUACUUUUGGGUAUAACACCAAAAGUAAAGACCAGUGUGGUAUAAUGAUGUAUCACAAGAACCGGCUCAUUAAAGCCUACGAACGUGUUGGCUGUCAGCUUAAGGCUAACAACAGCGGUGUUGGAGUCAUUGGGGUCAUAGAAUGUAACUUUUUGGAUCCUACUCACAACAAACAGAGUUUUCUUGAGAACGAUAAGUACAGGAAAACCAUUAAUAAUUUGGGGAUCAAACUGGAGGAGUACUAUAAAGAAAUACGCUACAGAAAGAAGAAAGAAAAUCCAAAUAGCACAAUACUACCGGAAGAUAUCAAGAAGCGACCAGAUCAAAACUGGGUGCAGUGCGACAAAUGUCUGCGGUGGCGUAAACUUCCUGAUGGCUAUGAUGUCAACAAGCUGCCAGAUAAAUGGUUCUGCCAAAUGAACCCUGAUCCUCAGUUCAGGAGUUGCCAGGUGCCUGAGGAACCCGAGGACUCUGAUGAUGACCAGCCUUCGUACCGCAAGACCUACAAACAGCAGGAGAGAGAGGAAAAGAUGAAACAAGAAAAGAAAAGACAGAAGGAUCGAAGCCAUGAAGAACAGCUGCGUCUGUCUAAACUUGCUGAACAAAAUGAGGCUCUCAGGCGGCAGCAGAAAGACCUGGAACGGCAGCUGCGUCAAACAACUGCCCAAUCCCCUUCCACUCCCACUACUCUGAGGAGUUGGUCAUUACAGGGGGGUGCUGCGAGGCCUGAAUCCUCUCCGCAGACGUCUUCCACCAUUUCUCAAGCUGCCUGCAGCCCCUCCAGUAAUGAUGGCCUUCCAGUUAUUACUAGUGUAUGCUCAUUGUCAGCAGGCUCGCUGUCAGAGGUCCCUCUGAGAAGAAAAAGAACAGAGCCUGUUAUUCUACAGAAAACACCAAAAAAACCUCGAUUAAAUGGCUUCCAUAGGAGCACCACAGAAGUAGGCUCAUCAGUAGACGUGACCCCACGGAGAUCCCCGUCUGUGAAUGUCGAUAGUAAUGAUGAUGAUGAAACCGAUGAUGACAUCGUCAUCUUGGAGACUGCUAGUACCCCCAAGCCAAAAAAGACCCUCUUUGUGAGUGGAGUGAAGAGGGAAGAGGAAGAGCAAAGUGAAAAUAGUGUCAGCAUGCUGUUGGAGUGUAGCGAUGAUGCUGCUGUGGAUGUCCCCUCAGAGACAAAUGCUGCAGGAGCAAGCUCUGCAGUGUCUGCAGCUGUGGAAACUAGUUCCACUCCAUUGCCCCACCCAGAACUGUCAAGUGCCACUACCCAGACAGAAAUACCUAAGUUGAAGCAGGAAGAUGAGAGCCAAAAUCAAGAUGAUAAUAAUAAUAUUAAUAAUAAUGACAAGAGUGGAGAAGAACAGAGUUCUGAUAUGAAUGCCUGCAACGUUCAGCAAAGAGUGUUUAAGCAAGAGAGCAGCGGAGAUGCUCAGGUUGAGAAUCAAGGACAGCACACCUUGCAGAAUGGUGUGAACCACGAUCCUGAAAGUGAAGAAAAUCCAGGACCCUCCUGUUCAAACGCUGGUGACAGCAAAUACUUUCCACUUACCUACCCCACCAUUUCUGAGGCUCAGAAACAACAAGACCAACUGCUUGAGCUUAUGCAAGAGACUGCUCAGGAGAGGGACUCUUUAAAAGAACAGGUCCAGAAACUUACUUCACAACUGAAAGACUUGGAGAAAGAACUGCAGGAGAUGGCACAGGUCAGCAUAAAGAAAGAGUGUUCUCACCAAGCCAGCCAGACAGAAGAAACAGGAGGGCAGAAGGACUACAAAAGUCUGUUCGAGAAGGCCAAGCAGAAAAUCAAUGAAUUGAUUAAAGACAAAGUGGCUUUAAUAGCAGUCUCUGAGACCAAGGCCAAUCUCAGUGCUGACCAAAAUGUGGAAAGUGAUGUCGAUGAGAUUGCUCUGCAAGUCGACGCUCUAGUGCGGAAACUGGAUCAAAGAACGACGGAGAAAAAUGAGCUGCGCUCACGGCUGGACCUUGUGGAGGAGGAAAAUGCAAACCUGGCAGCCCAAUGCGAAGAGCUCAGGUUAAGCUUAGAGCAUCAGAGGGAAAAUGCGCCAAGUCAUCAGACAACCAGUGAUUCUGUUCAAACACAUCCAGUGGAGGAAGGAGGGGUGGCAGAUUCUGGCGCACAUUCAAGCUCAGAUGCAUCCAGAAGUUUGAUGGAGCUUCGGCAGAACGUCGGCCGCCUUCUUCUCUCCUACGUGCCUGCGCUGGACCUGGCACAAGUGAAUUAUGAGUGCAAUGUCAUUGAUGAGAUCCUGGAACAGGUGCUCUCCAAUAUGGAUUCUGACACACUUGUAGGGGUGAUGUCUGAGGCAAGCAAUAAUUAAAAAAAAGUCAUCACAUCUUGAGUUUAACUGAUGCCCCACCUGUAAAUGUUUAAUAAGGGGUUCAGUGAGUGGGAUAUUAAAUUAUUUGAAAGCGUGUACAUGCUUACAGAUUUGGCAAUGAUUUUAAGUGACUUCAACAUUAGCUCAGCUGUCUUUCUAUAAAAAAAAAAAACGGUGAGAGAAUGCAAAGCAGUAGAUUGUACAAAUGAAUGUUAUUGUCCAUAGAUUACGCUCCAAAGUUUCUCAGUGAAGUAACACUUCAUUGGCAGUGUUGCCACAUAUUAAUACUCUUCAGUUUGUUUUUGCUGUGUUUAUAAAUAAUGUGUAUCAUAUUUUGUACUUUCAUGUUUUACAAAAUAUAUUUUUAUAUUGCCUGUUUAUACUUGUUGAGGAGUACUGUAUCACGCAUUAGCAUUGGUAUUGUCAAGAUUACGACACAAGUCAGCCACAGAAAACCGUCAUCAUAGACAUGGCACCAUGACGGUAAAUAGAAUGAACAUUUCUCAUCGCAGUUCAUGGUUUCAUUACAGUACCAAGGUGUGAGGUAUCGACAGCAAGUAGCAACCUUUUCAGAGUCGGCUGAUUGUUUCAGACUAAAAUAUCUUGGCAGCGUAGGUGGCAAUCAAACCUCAGUUGGCCUGAUGUCACUGAAAGCCACCGUACUGUUGAGCAAUAAAUCUCGCAGCACUGUGGUAAAGAGUGAAAUCUGCACAGUGGCGGCAACAUGAACUUGUAGGUCUGAAUAUACUGAUGAGUUUAGGAUAAUUAGAUUUUUAAAACAUCAGCUUUGUAAUUAAAAACUAUUUAUGAAGGGACUCUCAGGUAAUGAAAUGCAUUGUGGGCCUGGCACACUGUGCAUUUCCAUGUGUUUCCAUCACUUUUUACUGAAAAAAUUGAAAAGGACACUGUUAAUAAACCAGGCAGAAUUUUUUUUCCGAUUGUAUGACUUUCUUGUGUUCAACUAAAAAGCUCCUUGUGAUACAGUUAACCGCUGUACAGGCAGUGAUGGAAAGUGACUAAGGGUUCCACAGUUACCGUGUAUUGCCGAUGACCAUGAUAUUUAACAAUUAAAUACUGUCAAUAAUACCCACAUAAUCAUAAAUUAUUUUGCUUUGUUUUUUCAAUAAAUAAAAUAAUGCUCUAAUUACCAUUAUUUGCUAUUGAUACAUGACCAUGAUCAUCAUGAAGUGAAAAUUUGAUAUCAUGACUGCCCUCCACGAAGUAUAUGUCAAAUUGAACUCAUUUAUUUUUGAGGUACAUACUGUUAACUUUUCAGACUGAAAUUUUACAUUUAUAUAAAUAA